GCCGGCUAUUCCCAUUCACUUCCGAGUGCGCGCGAGGCUUCCCUUCUCACGUGACGGGGGAGGACGGAUAGUCCCGUCCUUCCUUUCUACAGACGCGCUCGCGACGUCUCUGCAGCCCGGGAACUUCUUUCUAGCGCUUGAAGGUGUUUUGUCCACGAGGGUUUUUUGCCGCCGCGAGUGGCAACUCCCGCAAUGCUCUUCUACUCCUUCUUCAAAUCCCUGGUAGGGAAGGAUGUGGUAGUUGAACUGAAAAAUGACUUGAGUAUUUGUGGGACCCUGCAUUCUGUGGAUCAGUAUCUGAACAUCAAACUCACAGACAUCAGUGUGACGGACCCAGAGAAAUACCCUCAUAUGUUGUCUGUCAAGAACUGCUUCAUUCGUGGCUCAGUUGUCCGCUAUGUUCAACUUCCAGCUGAUGAAGUUGACACACAACUAUUACAGGAUGCUGCGCGGAAGGAAGCUCUUCAGCAGAAACAGUGAUGGUUUCCCGGGUCUUUUCUACAUUGCUUGAUUGUGUCUGUCUCUGUGUGUGUUUUCUUGGAAAAGGAGGGGGGAGGGUAUGGGCAAGCCUCUUCUGAAGAGAAUCUGGCCAUAUGUUAUGUCCCAGUCUGGAAAAGAGCAUGUAUGCACACAACUGGUGUGUUGUGUGCUUGUUUGCCUGUUUUUUGGAUCUACCGGAAGAAUCCGAUUUUGCUAUCUUACCUGCAACCAGGGUUAUAUAUUCUUUAGUCCUGUGGCUGUGUUAGGUGCAUGGAAUCGGUUGCUGGAAAAAGACAGUGAAAUUAUUUUUUUACAAAAAGCGCUAGGAACCUUGCUGGAAAAUGGCAAUAAUUUUAUUUUUUAUAAAAAGCACUAGUCCAAUUUGUUUUCCUAGAUCUCCGCACUCCAAUCUUAUUACACUGUAAAAUGGUAGGAGAGAGACUUCUUGGAUAGAGUGUCCACUAAUCAAUUUCCCCAUUUUUAAAAAAGUUAUUUUCCCCCUUUAUCCCGUGCUCACAGACAUCAGAAUAUGUGAUCUGUUCACUGGCCACUGACCUUUUCCAGCGAUCUCCAUGCAGAUGUGUUUGUCUGUAUUUUUGGUAUUUUCUCAUAUAUUUGACCAGCACAAAUCUUGCUUUUAUUCAUAUCCCAGCAGGCAUGGAAAAAGACCUGAAAACUCCCAAGAACCUCAUGUGCUAAUUAUUUCUGUUCUGUGAACUGUAAUUCCAUAAUUAUAUUCAUUGUCUAACUCACGGCUCUCCAAGGGGGUACCAGGGAUUAAUAAUUCUAUUUCUGUUGUUUUUGGCCAUUUGGGGAUGCUGUAAGGUCAAUUUUUCUACCCUUCAAAAUUAUCCCCCCUCCCCUGUUCUGGAUCUUCAGUGGUUCUGAGGCAAUGAAGAAUGAAAUGUAUUCAUUUUUGUGUUUCUGAUCUUUUGUUCCCAUUAUAAGAAUAUGUGAUUGUUUUUUAAGAGGGUCUCUUUAAAACUUGUGUGUAAAAGUUAUGAAAAUAAAAUGUUGAAUUUGUUGAAA